AUGGAAGAACAAAUUUUACGACAAGAAUUAUAUGAAUGUGUGAGUUUAUUAGACUUGGCCCAUUUCAAUUGUUGCCUAGGAAAUGUGAAUAAUUCUAAAAGUCAAUGCCUUGAGAUAGUGAAGAAAUUAAAUCGUUUAUCGAAAACCAAUGUAAUUAAAGAAAGAUUCCGUUCUUUAUUAAAAGAUUUAUCUUCAUAUACAUUGAAAUUCUAUGACUCUAUAGAUAGCGGAAACUAUUUUACUUAUGAUCAUAAAAUAAUAUGGUUAAGUUCGAAAUUAUAUGGAGAGUUGUAUCCUCCACUUACAGUAUAUUCAGAUAAAUUAGAUUCAUUUGAUAGCUGUCUUUUGCCAUCCCUGAAAAUGAAAAGAGACAAAAGCGAUAACCUACCCUUACCUGAAUCUUUCAGUGCCCAUUAUGAACAAGUAAGUCUUACGAAUUGGACUCUAGACUACAAUGCGUUAUCCGAAUUGUAUCAAGACCUUCUUACAAACUGUUCUUUCGUUUCAUCUUUAUUGUCCAUUGUUGAAUUAGAUGGUACCAGACUCCUUGAAAAAUUGAUAUCUCCUCGUGAAGAUGUGUCAUUAUUUAAAUGUCAAUUAUAUUUCAAUGGGUGUUCAAGGUUGGUUACCGUAGAUAAUACUCUACCAUUUUUAAAUGAUUCUAAUAGAAAUUUAACAAUAAAUUCUAUUUCUAAGAAGAAUUUGUAUUGGCCUGCAUUAGUUGAGAAGGCUUAUUUGAAAGUUUUGGGAAGUGGAUAUAAAUUUGAAGGUUCAAACAUGGCAAUUGAUACAUAUAUGCUAAUUAACUGGAUUCCCGAAAUCGUUCCAAUAAACAGCAGCAGAAUAGAUUGUGAUGUGAUUUGGGACUACUACUUAUCCAAAAAAGUUUUACUUGGUAUAGGUACUGGAAAAUUGAGUGUUGAAUUAUCAGGGAAAUUAAAUUUGAUUUCUGGCCAUGAUUAUCUUGUUGUUUCAUUCGAUCAAGCCACUCAUACUAUUGUUUUAAAAAACCCAUGGAUUGAAAAUAGUAAUAAUUAUGAGAGAACCUUAAGUAUAUCAGAUCAUGAUUUACUACAUUUCAAAUAUUUUUAUAUUAACUGGAAUCCAGAUGCAUUUUUCAAAUAUAAGUCCCAAACAACAUUCAUAUACAAUGUUAAAGACAAUUCCGGAACGCAUAUAUACCAAAAGCCACAAUUUUCUUUAAUAAAUUCUACAAAAGAUUCUCAGAAUAUCUGGUUACUUCUUGAGAAGCAUUUACCAAUUAAAAACAUAUCUGAACAAUUGAUUAAUAUUCUGAUUUAUGAGACCCAGUGCGGGGAUAAAGUCAUGGUUUCCAAUCAAUACAUAAGGGCUAAUAAAGACUCUAAUACAAAUAGCAGAUUGAUGUUGCUCAAAUUUACUAUGCAGCCUCAACAAGCUUAUACAGUUGUAAUAUCUAGUACGAUUGGCCAUACUUUUACAUUGAAUAUGUAUAAUAAUAUAUCUCGCGGUUUUAGUUUAAACAAAGCAAAAUUCAAGUACACUACCUCAAUUCCCAUGAUUGAAGACAAAUGGACUUCUGCUAAUAGUGGUGGUAAUUGGUCUUUAUCUACAUAUAUUGAUAACCCUCAGUAUGAUAUACAAAUCAAGGAAUUAUCCACGAAUAUGAUGAUUGGGCUUUUCAGUGAAUUCAAAGACAAAUUUGUAAAUUUUCAUAUAUUUCAAUCAGAUCCAAGAGACAGAGGGCGACAUAUACGUUUAUUUGAUAAGUCAAAAUUGCUAGUUAAUGAAAAAUAUAGCAUGUCUUACCAAUUUGAAGAUUUAAAAAAUUUGCAGCCUGGAUUUUACAAGAUCGUGGUAUCGACAUUUGAUAGUAACUUGAAGGGAGAUUUUAAGUUGCUUGCAAUCCAUGAUUCUCCUCCUAGUGGUAUAGUAAUAUCAAAAAUCCACGCAUCAUUGGGCUUAUUUCUCCAAAAAUCAGAGGUCAGUUGGAAUAAUUCAAACCGAUUCAAACUUUAUUUCGAAGCAACUCAAUUCAAUUCUCGUUUUACAUUUCACAUUACGCAUUACAACCACGAUAAUAAAAAUACAGAAUCUCUUUCGGAUUAUAGACCAUCCAUUCGAGGUUCUAUAUUCGAUGCCGAGAACAGUCAACCAAUCCAGAUUAAUGAAGAAUGGAAUGAUUCACUCUACGGCUUAUUUAUUGAUUGUGAAAUUCAAAAACCUAAUACCUACAUUUUACUUGUUGAAAGAUUCGAACUGGGGUCAGGCCGGUGUAAAAUUGAUAUUGGCUGCAAUAGAAAAUUCAACAUCUUAUAA